AUGCCAUCCACAAAAGUUAUUAAGCCAAAGUCAGUGGAGGCGUCAGGAAAAACCCUCGAGAAAAGCACACCGGUGAAGGUAAGAGCCGUUAACGCAGCAGAAAGUCAACUCCAAGUGCCCGCUGUGCGUAAAGGCCGCGCGUCGAGCUGCCCGAGGUGUCCGCAGCGGGGCAGGUGUGAGGGGAGUACCGGAGCGCAGCGCACAGCCUCCAAAACGGGCUGUGGAAGGAGGACCAGGUCCAGCUCCACCGCUCCAACAACUGCCUCAAACUGGCCCAGAACAAACCCGGAACACCGGAGGACCACCAGCUCUGCGACACAUGCUGCUGACAGCGCGAAAUACCGGGAGAUGACCGCCUGUCCGGGUCAGAGGGAGCAGCGGAGCGUCAGGGCUGAGACAAAACACGCCGGUCAGAGUCACAAAGCUUUCACCGUCAUCCCCCCAAACCCCAAGAAGAGACGAGAGAUCCAGAGAAAGGCGGAGGCGGAGCUCGCCGCUUUAGAGGAGCUUCGGCUGAGCAGAGCGAUGGCUUAUGUCUCCAUCAACCCCAGCAGCGUUGGUGGCUGUAUGAGUCUGGAGGAAGUCCGGUUGAAGCAGCAACAGGAAAUGAUGCAAGCAAAGAGGAAACAGAAACCGAUGAAGAUGCAGGUGAUGGAGCAAAUACCUGUCCUGGAACACUGAGCGUCACCUGUCCUCCCGCCUCCGCUGGUCUCGCUGUAGCUGUUCAGCUCACAUGGUUUCAAACUGGAUUCAAAUCACAAAUUUAAAUACAAACUUUAAAUGGAACAUUGUUAGAAAAAUGCACUCACAAAAUCAUUUGUAUAAAGCAUUUGUGUAUUCUGACAUUCUUGUGGACCCAUUUAUGAAGAUUUCAUACAGCUAUAUGUUUUGUAUAUAGUUGUUUAGUAUGUCAUGUGUUAUGUAUUUUGUCUGUAAUAUGUAUGUCAUGUACAAAUCAAAUUACAAAAAACACAUUUCCUCAUGUGCACUAUGAGCGUCUUGAUGUGAAUGUUUCACAAACGGGCAGCCCAGAAGCUUUUUAUUCAUCUUUGAACUGAUCGAAGCAUCACAGAUGGACUGAGAAACCCUUAAAGAGGCUGUUACUCAACUCUAAUAAAGCCUUAUUAGAAACUGCUACCAACAUUUGACUUAAACAUUGAUUUCAAGACUUAAUUGUGAGCUUCAGGUGUCCAUGUUUUGACAUGUUUUUUUUGAAAGAUUUCCAUUCUGCUGCCACCUCAGUACAAUUGAGGUUUGUGGAUUUUUCUUUUUUCUUUGAGAAAUGUCACUGAUGAAACUCAAAAGCGGUUGUUUCCAGAAACGAUGUCCUAGUUACACAAAAUAAUCCACAGAAAACACGUCUACUGAAGAAGUAGCCCAUGCGAAAGCUGUUCUGUUACUGUUUUUUUUAACAUGAUGUAAUUUUUAAAACACAGUGGGAAGGGGCAAGUGGGUUGACAUGCAACAAUGGUUGCCAGCCAGAAUCAA